UGGGACAGCUGGAUGCAGCAGUGUCCCCUCAGCUGAGCCCUGCAUUGCAGAGUUCUUCAGCUCUGACAGCUCAAAGGCACCUUCUCCGAGAGCUUUUGUACCUUCGCAUGUGCCGCAUCCCUCCGUCCACCCAGCAGCCGCUCUUGCAGCGUGCUCUGGCUGUUCUACAGUAUUCCUGCCUCUGCAGGUGGCAGCCUUGUGGGGAGGCUCCCUGGGGUCUGCACUGCAUUGAGGAAGGAGUGGCUGGGCCCUGGGUCUCUGGGCAGCCUGAGUCAUCGGUGAGGAAUCUUUGAGGCUGCAGAACAUGCAGGCCAGAGGUGGGAGGAGCCUUUGGCUGCUGCUGCUGGCCCUGGUCCUGGUGGCAAGGAAGGGCCACUUUGAGGGGUGGCCAGGCUUCCAGGAGAAGCCUAUGAGCAAGGAGAACGUGAACUCGACCCUGGACUUCUUCAUCCAAUCCUACAACAAUGCCAGCAAUGACACCUACCUAUUCCGGGUACAGAAGCUCCUCAACACUCAGGUGCAGCUGACGACAGGUGUGGAGUAUCUGGUCACUGUGAGGAUCGGUAGGACCAGGUGCAAGAGGACUGGCCUGGUCCGGAGCAGCCCCUCCUGCCCUCUGCAGAGCAAGAAGCUGAAGAAGAGUCUGGUCUGCCAUUCGCUGAUCUACACGGUGCCCUGGAUAGACCGUUUCGAGCUAUGGAACAACACCUGCCUGGAGGACUGA